GUUGAGAGCGGCGGCGACGUCGGAGGGCCGCGCGCUCGACGGAGGAGGACGCCGGGGGGGAGGGGGGCUGAGGAGGGUAAUAAAAUGUCAAGAGAAGAGGCCAAGGCAAUCCCUGUGAGGGUGGCUCUCAGGUGCCGUCCUCUUGUUCCAAAAGAAAUUGAUGAGGGCUGCCAGAUGUGUCUGUCUUUCGUCCCAGGAGAACAUCAGGUCAUCUUGGGUAAUGACAAACCUUUCACAUACGACUAUGUGUUUGACCCUUUUGCUGAACAAGAGGAAGUAUUCAGUACUUGCGUUGCUCCCCUUGUAAAGGGCAUUUUUAAAGGUUAUAAUACUACAGUUCUAGCUUAUGGGCAAACAGGGUCCGGGAAGACCUAUUCUAUGGGAGGGGCCUACACAAGUGACCAAGGGAACGAUCCCACAGUUGGAGUCAUCCCCCGGGUGAUCAAGUUGCUCUUUGAACAAAUGGAAGAGAGGACAGAGUGGCAGUUUUCCCCAAAAGUUUCCUAUUUAGAGAUUUACAACGAAGACAUCUUGGAUCUGUUGGCGCCUUCCAGAGACCGCUCGUCUCAGAUCAGCAUCCGUGAAGACCCCAAGGAAGGCAUAAAGAUUGUGGGACUGAGAGAACAUGUGGUUACUUGUGCCCAAGACACCAUCAACUGCCUGGAGCUCGGUAACAAUUCGCGAACGGUAGCUGCCACAGCGAUGAAUACACAGUCGUCCCGGUCUCACGCAAUCUUCACCAUCUCCAUUGAACAGAGAAGCAAGGACACGAGAGUCAGCUUCCACUCCAAGCUGCACCUUGUGGACCUUGCUGGUUCUGAAAGACAAAAGAAGACCAAAGCAGAAGGAGAUCGGCUAAGGGAAGGAAUCAACAUUAACAAAGGACUCCUCUGCCUGGGAAAUGUCAUCAGUGCUCUUGGGGAUGAAUCUAAGCGAGGAAACUAUAUCCCUUAUAGGGACUCAAAGCUCACGCGUCUGUUACAGGAUUCCUUGGGAGGAAACAGCCACACUCUCAUGAUUGCCUGUGUGAGCCCAGCAGAUUCCAAUGUGGAAGAGACUCUCAACACCCUUCGCUACGCUGACAGGGCAAGAAAAAUAAAGAAUAAGCCAAUUGUGAACGUCGACCCCCAGGCAGCAGAGAUCAACCAGUUAAGACUGCAGGUCCAACAACUUCAGGUCUUACUGCUGCAGGCUCACGGUGGGACACUUCCCGUUUCUAUUGGUGAAGAACCAUCAGAAAACCUGCAUUCCCUAAUGGAAAGAAACCAGGCCAUGGUGGAGGAAAAUCAGAAACUGAGCCGUGGCUUGAGUGAGGCCGCUGGUCAGAUCGCCCAGAUGCUAGAAAGGAUCAUUAUGACGGAGCAGCAGAAUGAGAAGAUCAAUGCUAAGCUUGAAGAAGUCCAGCAACAUGAGGCGCUGAAACUGGAUCUGCAGAAGCUGAUUGAGACUAUGGAGGAAGAUGAACUGAAGCAGCAAGUGGAAUUAAUUUGCAACCUGCAGCAAAUGAUUUCACGGUGGCAGAAUGAAAGUCCUCCUUGUGACGCUGAAAUGGACACAUCUGAACAGGAAUCGAGCGAUUCUGCAGAAGCGAGUCUUGGCGAUCAGAGCUCUACAGAGGACUACGCCUCUCGGCACGCUCUCCACCAGGCUCAGAUGUCCAAGGAACUGCUUGAGCUCAACAAAGCCCUGGCUCUGAAGGAAGCCCUGGCAAAGAAAGUGACUCAGAACGAUAGCCAGCUGGGGCCCCUCCAGUGCCAAUACGAGACCAGCAUCAAGGACUUGGAAGUGGAAGUCACCAAGUUGCAGAAGGAGAAAGAAGACCUGGUCCUUGCCCUUCAAAUGACGAAGAAGGAUGUCAGUCAAGCCAAACUCAGCGAGCGCCGUAGGAAACGCCUGCAGGAGCUGGAAGGGGAAAUGACAGACCUGAAGAAGAAACUGAAGGAACAGUCGAAGCUUCUGAAAAUGAAAGAAACAAGUGAACAGACAGUCAGUAAGCUGAACCAGGAGAUUCGGGCAAUGAAAAGCCAGCGUGUCCAGCUCAUACGUCAGAUGAAAGAUGAUGCGGAGAAAUUCAGGCAGUGGAAGUUACAGAAAGACAAGGAAGUUAUCCAGCUGAGAGAGCGGGACCGCAAGAGGCAGUACGAACUUCUCAGGCUGGAGCAAGACUUCCAGAAGCAAGCCAAUGUCCUCAGGCGGAAAGCAGAGGAGGCAGCUGCUGCUAACAAACGCCUGAAAGAAGCUCUUCAGAAACAGCAGGAAGUGGCUGAUAAGCGGAAGGAGAAUGUAAACCGUGGGAACGAGGGGCUUGCUCACCGGGUGAAGAGCUUGCUGGCGAAUGAAGUUGAGGUCCUCGUUCGUAUCGAAGAGGCUCGGCACCACCUCAACGACCUUCUGGAGGACAGGAAGACCCUGGCCCAGGAAAUCGCGCAGCUUAAGGAGAAGCGGGAUGCUGGAGAAAACCUUCCCUCAAAGUACAAGAGGCGCACAUUCUCUCACAAUGCUAUAGAAGCCAACCAUUCCAUCACGAAGCAGAUUGAGAGCCUGGAAACAGAGAUGCAGCUCAGGAGUGCCCAGAUUGCAGAUCUGCAGCAAAAAUUGCUAGAUGCAGACAGUGGAGAUCGCAAGAAACACGGCUGGGAAACCAUCUCAACUAUUCCAGAAGCCAAGUGUGCUGUCAAGUAUCUGAUUGGUGAACUGGUCUCCUCCAAAGUAGAAGAUGGGAAACUGGAGAGCCGCCUUCAGCAGAGCAAAGCCACCUGUUCGGACAUCCACAAGAUGCUCCUUGAGGAGCGGAAAAUUGUGGCCGACAUGGAAGCGGAGCACGAGGGUCAGCUGAUGCUGGUGGAGCAGCAGCAUCAAGAAAAGGUUCUGUAUUUGCUUAGUCAGAUACAGCAUAAAGAAGAAGCAGAAAAGAAGCUUGAGACCUCCAUUUCGGAGCGGGAGCAACGGCUUCUCGAACGCCUCAGCUUCCAGGAUGAGGAGCUGGCAAAAAUGAAGGAGGUCUUUGAGAAGAACCAGGAGCUCUGUGAAGAACUUGAAAGUGUCAAACAGAAACUGAGUAUUCUUCAAGCUGCCAGUAACCAGAAAAUCUGUGGUAUUCCGCAAUCAGUUGCAGACAUCCCGGAGUCCCCUUUUGAUUACAUUCCACCCAAGCCCAAGCCGCGCCGGCAAACAACUGCCAGGCCCAUGUCUGACUUGGCCUCAGAAGAGCCGUCAUCAGAGUCAGAGGGGUCGGAAGGAGAAGCAGAAGACGCCGAGUGGAUGCCGGCAAAAAUAGCCAGAGGAAUCAAAAAGAACUUUUUGGGGUGCAACUGCAAAGGCCGCUGUGGCAACAGGCUGUGCGGCUGCCGGAAGCAGAAAACAGCCUGCUCAGAGGACUGCCGUUGCGAGUCCGAGAAAUGCCGCAACCGGGCCAUCAGUUUCUUGGAGGGGAUACUCACAGAAGAGCCCGUGGGAGAUCCCCAGGACACAGUCUUCAGCCUCGAAGACCCCACUCUGGUGUCAGGGGACACUUUCUUUGACCCUCCAGUUGUCACUCCUACUCAAAAGGUUUUGAAGGCAAUCAACGAGCCCCAAGCCUUGGCCCCAGAGCAGCAUGACACGACCGCCUACUUACCGCUGGGAAACCUGGACACGGAGAAUCAACUGCCAGCGGUGAAGAAAAGGAGGAAAAGGAUCUUGAGCAGCUCCAGGAGCUUCUUUGCAGGCUGCACCCCCAUUAAAGAGGAUUUUGUGUAGGGGGGGGGCAGAGCUGAGAAGUGGGAAUGCCAGUGGACAGGCCGUAACGAUCUGACCGCCAGGCUUCUUAGCAUAGGGAUUUUAACCUUUUUUUAAUAGAUUUAUUUGCAAUGAAAUAAA